UCCGUUUGAAACUAGGAAGUGAAAUAUGACACACUGUCAUUCUCCGAAAUACUAAAAAGGCUGCUAUGUGGUGGUUUAUAUCAUUUUUAUAUCUCAUCUAUAUUUAAUUUGUAUUACGUAUUUGCGAUAACGUAAGACGUAUUUAUUAAUGAGCUCAUUUUACCGAGGUUUUGUGUCCAUGUAAGCAGUAUCAGUAUUUACAAUAUCAGUUGUGUCACGUAAAUAGAUAAGUUUCUGUUUGUUAUUUUAUAUAGCGUUUGAGUUAUUUGGAAAAACAACAUCAUCUGGCUGGCUGGCGAUGACUAAAAUCCCCUUUGCAACUGAGUUGUAAAAGCGUUUCGGAGAGAAGUAUGGACCCGGACACUGAAGUGAACAACAUUGUAACCAGAAGCGGUGGUGGAGAGGAUGAGAAGUGGGAGAGGCCUCCUUCCAGUUAUGGUUCAAUGAAGAGUGACACUGAUGAGGACGAGGAGAAAGCAGAGGAGGAAGGUGAAGAGGCACAUGCAGUGCUGCCUGAAUCACCUCCCGAAGCACAGACCCGGAUUCAGAUGAUUCGCUCAGCGUCUCCUGAGACCUUGUACACAGUGACCACGCAGCAGACCAAACCAGCAGAAGCUAUGGUCAUCGACACCAGCUCCUUAGACCUGGGUGACGCUCCAGAGGUUGACGAUGAUGAUGAGGAAGAGGAGUUUUAUAUAACUAACUCUCCAGAACCACCUGAGCCCAUUGAAAUGGAAGAUUUAACGCAGUCUGAAGACAGUCAGCCAGGCAGACGGCACCCGGAGCAGGACCUGCCCCACUUAUUCAAAAGUAUCCAGAGUGUUCUGACAGAACUCUCCGAUGAGGAGCUCAAGAAUUUUAGGAUGACGUUUUACCAUGGGGAACGUAAAAUGACUCUUCCAGUGGUGAUGGAAGGAGACCUUCUUGAUUUUGUGGACAGGAUCAUUGAGGUCCUUGGCCAGGAGCGUUCACUAAUCCACACAAUGGAAACUCUAAAAAAGAUGGACAAGAAGGAACAUGCACAAAAACUGAAGGAUCAGUGUCAGCGAGCGCUGAUUGGUUUUUAUAUGAAACGGCAUAUAAUUAGAAAAUUCCAAGUCAUCCACGAGGGGAUCGUUGAAGCUGGAAAGCAGACUUUUCUAAACGGCAUCUAUGUGGAGCCCCAGAUCAGCACUCGAGGUUACGGAGGACUUGACCCCUCCCAUGAGCUCCGACCUCACCCGCCGACCCCUGUCCAAGUCCCUACUCCCGACACGUUUAUGGCUCUGAAUGAUCUUUUCCGGCAAAAGAGAGAUGACGGCUCACCAGUGAGGAUGGUUGUCACCACUGGGAUUCCAGGAGUUGGCAUGUCGUUCUCUGUGGCAAAAUUCACGCUGGACUGGGCAGAAGAGUGUGCCAACAGGGAUAUACAGUUAAUCAUCAAAAUUUCAUUCAAGUCCUUGUGGCAUCUGCGAAGCAAAGACAAUCCCACAGAGAAAAAGUCCUUUUUCGAUGUGAUUGAAUAUUACUAUCCAGAUUUAGUUGACAAAUUAAAAAUCUUGGAGGAACCAGACUUUAAAAUUCUCAUCGUAAUGGACAGUUUUGAUUGCUACCAGACUUCGCUGGACUGGGAGAAUGCUCCAGAACUAAGUGACUGCAGCAAGCCUGAACAUCCUGAUGUCCUAAUUGUAAAUAUAAUCCGGGGCACUCUGCUUCGCGGUGCCCGCGUCUGGGUCCUGGGGAGACCAGCGGCCGUCUCGCAAAUCCCAUCUAAAUUUGUAGAUGUUGUCACAGAAAUACAGGGCUUCAGCAAUGAAAUGAGGGAUGAGUACCUGAGCAAACGCUUUUCCAGUGCAGAAUUGGCAGCAGACAUUGUGAGACAUUAUAAGCGUGUACCGAUGCUUCACAUUCUUUCUCGCCAUCCCUUCAUUUGCUGGAUCGUGGCAAAGCUCUUCUCGCGCGCUUACCGUUACCUUGGCUAUGGGACGAACCCUCCCAGACUGACGCCUUUUCUCAUCAACACGCUGAUUGUUGUGAUCAAUCGCAGGAAACAGUUCUACUACGAUGCAGCAGAAUAUGAUUUGAAAUGGUCCAAAGAAGACAGGCAGCUGGUGACAAACAUGGGGAAGAUGGCCUUCAAGAUGCUGGAGAGGAACACCAGCGUGUUCUUCGAAGAGGAUAUAAAGGAGGUCGGUCUGCAACUCACGGAGGUGGCAGUGUUUUCAGGUCUUUGCACUGAGCUCAGCAAUGAAUCCUCAGGCCCCAGAAGGAGAUUCUCCUUCAUGCACUUCACCUUUCAGGAGUUCAUGGCUGCACUCUUCGUGUUUAUAAUGUUUCACAUAGAGUCCAAGAACGUUCUGGACUCUGGAUCGUUCGGGUUACGCAAGGUCUUAAAAUCCAAAAUUAUGGGCAAAUCCGCUGCGGGACUUGUCGAGUGUGCGCUUGCACGAACACUUAGCUCCCAGGUGUGCCAGUACGACAUGUUCCUGCGGUAUCUGUGCGGCUUGCUUUCUCCAGCCUGCCAUAGCGACCUGUUCAAAGGUUACCUUUACCCACACAACUAUCCAAAGGUGGAGGGGCUGGCUGAUGUGCAGCGGGUGCUGGAGCAAGCCAUCCAGAAUGCACCGGGAGACAAGGUGGAAAACUUGAAAGAGUGCCUUCGAGAGAUGAUCCAGACAGACACCUGAUUGGUUAGAUGACAUCCCAAGGGAUGUAAUGGAUGAGAGGGAUACUCUCAGCUCUACUUUAGUUGCCUUCAAAGUUUCUCUCCUAGCGUGGAAAUUAUUUACGAUAAGAAUGUGAUGCUCCAAACUGAUGACACAGAUUAAUGUUAAGUUACUUAGACAAAGGUAAUCCUCGUUUUGAUUAGGACAUCAGAGACUGUCCGUAACGCUCCAGCUGCACCAGAGUAAAUAUGAUGUUCAUCGCUUUGAAUCUUACUUGAUUUCAUUUUUCAUUUCAACCUGUGGCCUUUGUGAAACCAUUUGUAGUACACUGAAAAUACUAAAACUAAAAGUACUACACGCCUGUUCAUUAUCAUUGUAAUAUUAUGUGAUUUCAAAAUUGCAUCAUCUUACAAUGAACCUAUAAAUCGAAAUGUAAGAUAUUUGAUUGUGUGUGUGUGUGUGUAAUAAGGGAAAAAAAACAUUACAAGUACAAACUCCAAAGUACAUCCUUAAUGCAGGAACAGGUGGUGCUCUUGGACUUGUAGAAGAGUAAUGAACUGAGAAGAGAGCUGUUGAAAAUAACCAUUUGUUGGCGUGUGGCUUUGAUUUUUAAUUUUGUUGUACACGUUCAGCAGGAAUGAAUACAGAGUUUUGGUAAAACAUUUUGUAAGAACAUGUUUACUUUAGGACUUAAUGAAUUGCUUUAUUUGUUAUACCGGAUGAUAGGGAUUUUGUUUUUACGGUCUGAUAAAACUGCAGUUUUAUGUUGCUGUCUGAGAUGAAACUGACUUAAGGUUGAAUAAAGGGUUUAUUUUCUGAAAUGUC